ACAGUUUAAAAACCAUGUAGAAGCUUUUCACGGAUAGAAGUGGUUGGAGGGAAACGGUGCAAAGAGAGAGCAGAAGUCAAGGAUCUUUUGGCUCUGAUAUAUCUGCAAGUUUAAGGACCAUGGAGGAAGUUUUGCACGGGAAGAAUGAUGGCAGUCAAUUGGGACACACAGUUGGUUCCAUUCAGUCUGAACUUGAUGUCAAGGAUGGGUCCAAAGAUGUCCAUAGCUCUGCAGGAAACUCUGUUCCUUUUAACAUGAAGGAUAAGAAAGAACGGGAUGCUGCAAAACAGGGUGCACGCUUAGUGGAUAUCGAAACUUCGGGCGAUGUGAAUAUGGAUGCGUCAAUAAGCCCGGAUGAUGUUGCUCGUGCUGGAGGUCUUGGAGCAAGAGACGACAUAAGUAGUCUUCUCCCAGUAGCAAGUGAUUCCACAGACUUUGAAGAAGCCUUACUCGAGGCCCAAAAUUACGAAGGACCACAAAGGGAUGUAUCAAGACCAGGUCUGGGCUGGACCGAAGGUACACAUCAGAAGCUUGAAAAAUAGAGUAGCUAUACCGGCAUGUGAUAAGUAACUAAUGAUGAAGUUUCCUGGAUUCCCAUUUUGGUCUCAUGCUUUAUUGUCUCUUUGUGAGCUUUUGUAUUUACACGUGGCACUUGUGGUUUUUUUAAGAAGGAUUACUUGAAAUGCACCUCAUUGCGGAU